AUCGUGUGGUGAACUGAAAAGAACGCUGAAGCAAAGGUGGAGAGCAGCAGGACUUUGGUCUCCUGCUAUCCCGUGAUUUUGCUAGAAACUCCACUUCUCUCACUGCCCAGUACACUCCUACUGUUUUUCCUGUUCGUUCACUCUCCUUCUAUCAUCUAUCUGCCCAUCUUGCUCGACAAAUAGGUCAACAGAAUCCAAGCGCCAAAGACUAGGAGACCAUCUCAGCUGUUUCUGUAGAAGCACUGCUAAUAGAAAGAACACAAGUGGAUGUAACUGUCCCCACCCACAGAGUUCGGUUCAGUCCCACGGGCGAUGAGACGAGCCAGGAGCUUCAUCUUUCUCUAGACACUUUCUUCUACACCUUCUGUCUUCAUGCUUUGGGGGUCCUCAGGUGCCCCCACCCCGUGUCGACCCCCCCACACCCGUUGCCACCACGGCAGACCACCCCAAUCGCCUUGUUGCCAUGCCGACAGAGACACUGACUCCAGCCCUGCCAGAUAGCAAGGCUGCUGGCCCUGCAACGCCCUUCAGUUCCACUGUACCCCUCCGCAUCCUCAACAAGGGCCCCGAGUACUUCAGGAGACAGGUGGAACCAAACCCUAAGCGCCUCAGUGCUGUUGAAAGACUAGAAGCUGAUAAGGCCAAGUAUGUCAAGAGCCAGGAAGUCAUCAAUGCCAAGCAGGAGCCAAUCAAACCACCUGUGCUCGUUAAACCACCUGCUGGCCAUCCCCUGCUAUCCAAGAGAGGUCCUGGCAUCUGUGGAGGAGGCAGUGGAGGCGGGUUACCUUUCAAAGCAUCCAAUAACAAUGCCAAGUCAGACACGUGCGCAACAAGCUGUGGCAGCAUCAAACGGGAGAAUUUAAACCUAGAGAUCCUAAAAAAUCUGCUAAACUCAUCGUCUUCUUCAGCAGCAGGAUCUGGAGGUGGAGCUAAGAGUGCUGUGCAUAUGAGGUCAACAGGUGGAAUGCCCAGGAGUUGGACACCAUCGGGGAUGCCGUUAACCUAUCGGUCUACCAUGACUCUUAACGAACAACCACCCGACUCGACUCCCAGUCCCAGCACCUCACACUCCCUCCGAUCCUUCUCCCAUUCACUGAAGGUUCCCCCGAUCAACAGCGGGGGGCGUCGCAGUCCGCAACAGGGAGGAAACCUGAAUCUCAGCAGACGAGUCCAAGAUGAGAGAAGCGGCGAAGGAGGCGUUAUGGAUCGUUCUCGGUCCCCGCUGCCACCUCUGCUUACUUCCCACUCAUCUUCCGACCUCCUGCGGCUGUGCAAUGGCAAGCCGCUCCGUACUGCACGAUCCAGUAGCUCCUCAGCUCCGCCCCUCCCUCCAAAACCCAAACCUGCUUCCCUCCCUCCUCCUGCACUUUCUUUGUCACUGCCUCCCCCUCGUCCUGCCCCAUCCCCCUCACCUUGUGACAACACCACCCCUCAGUCGCUACCUUGUGAUCUUGGAGAUCCUUCAAAAAUGUUAGCUGAUCCUAACCUCGAGCUAGAACCUGGUUCGUCAGUGGCACGUCGCUCCUCGCUGCACAGAUCUAAAUCAGACCUGUCAGACCGUUACGCCCGGGCCGGAGCUGAUGUGGAACGCUUUUUUAACUACUGCGGACUCGACCCUGAGGAGCUGGAGGCGGUUGGUCCGGAGAACUUUGCACGGGCCAACUCGGAUAUCGUCAGUUUGAAUUUCCGAUCAGCUUCUAUGAUUUCCUCUGACUGCGACCGUUCUCGGCGAUCUUCCAAUGAUGGUCUGUCAGAUGGGGAUGAGGGUGAGGACGAAGAGGAGGAGGCUGGGGAGCGUGUGCCAUAUGGCAUUUCGGCUGUGGAGCGAAAUGCAAGGGUCAUUAAAUGGCUAUAUAGCAUUAAGCAGGCGAGAGAGUCACACAAAGUGUCCCAUGUUUAGAAGUGGAGGUUCUUUAGGCUAAAGACAAACUGUCCUAAUCUCUGAAGGAAUCACUGCAGCGGCAUUUCUCACAGAUAAAGAGGCUGUUGUCUUAUUGCUGAACGAAAACUUUUUCAACUGUGUGUAGCUGAAUGAAAGAGGGAGGAGUGCACAGGUGUAACCCAAGCCAGGUAAGGAAAGAGACGAAAUAGCGUCUGAAGAUUAUAGAAAAGACAAAGACUGCAAUCCUCCAAAGUUUAGAACAAGAAAAACACCAAGAACAGGAAGAGGAAAAGCAAAUUCAGUGCUUACUCUAGAGUGGCCGUUAACUGCUUCUCUGUGGACACUGUAUGAACUGUUGUGUAAGCAACAGGAACAAAAGUGAAAUGCACUACAUUUGUCCAAGGAUCCAUAAUGUGGCCAUCGCAGUAGAAAGGAUUGAAGACGUUUCUCACAGAGGACAUUUGGACUUGUCAGACAUCAGUACGACUGACACUCUGUUAAAUGUAGCCUUUGACACCUGCACUCAUCGUCUUUGAAAUGUUCCUCAGUCUACUUUUGUGCUCUUUCAUGGUCACAUCCUCAGUAGGAAACAGUCGGCCAGUUGUAAGUGGUUGAACAUCAUCUUACCUCACAAAUGCUGUCUGUUAGAAAAAUAAAGCUACAGGUUAACUGUCUUUAGCUAGCACAGGAAUAUUUUAUACAGGCCUCAGUCUUGCUUACAUUUAUCGCUCAUUACAGAUACUUUGGAUAUGUUCUCCCUUUGGGACACUAAGAAACAAAAAAAACCUAACCUCUGACCCUGUGACUAAGUUUGCAUAGUAAAUGUAUACAUGUGAUAAACUGAAAGCUUAAACAACAAAGACCCGUUAAAUCAGCACCUUUCUUGGACGGAGGCAGCUGUCUUUCACACAAUCUGCCUAAAUUUGCACUCAAUGCAGCGCAUGUAGCUUAUUGCUAAACCAUUGGUGAAUGACGUCACACUCGUUGUGGUUUGUCUAGCACCUCACAGAAGUUCUUCCUCACAGUACUUUUCUGAUUGUUUGAGGUGAUCAGCUCCCCAGUUUCCAGCUUUUUGCCUUAUCAGAAACAUCAGUAGCAUCAUUCACUUACAGUAAUAGGGUUGCUAACUUUUUAGCUAACAAAUACGGGACACUCUGGCAUGCCAGAAGCACAAUACACAACCAGCUGGGUGUAGUGCACAUAUGCACUGUAUGUGACAUUGCAGGUAAUGGUCAAUAAAUGGGACAUUUAAAGUGGACUAAGGGGCAAACCAGUGUUUGCUCAUUAUACAGCUAAAACGGGGCAGUUGGCAACCCCAGACAGCAACACUGUGAGGUUUGGGUAACAGUGCAGUUAACAAAUGGCCCCAAUAAAAUGCCUGUUGCUAUAACCCACGGUUAAACAGCACAUGAAUUUUAAAUAAAAAGUGAAAAUCCUUAUCAAGUAGCACCUGUUUCCAUAACUUGUCACUGUUCAUAAGUUGGUGGAACGGAGUCAUCGUCUGUGCUUUCCUACAGUAACAAGUCCAAAUGUCCACUGUGAGAACAGCCCGCACGCAGUGCUGAUGAGGCUGCUAAACACACCUUGUGAAAGACGCCGCUGCAAACACGACUGAACUGUCAGAGCAAACUCGGUAAAAUCACUUGAUAUUUGCGUAAAGUGACUGUUAAAGGAUGGAUUGAUGACUUCGUCACUUGCCUCAAUGAAGCUGCUGCAAAUUGUUGAAAAACUCUGAAAUACAGACGGUGUUAGAGUUGCGAAAUAAAGACAUCGGAGCGGGUGGUGAGUGAGACAAGAAGGAAAGCAAGGAACAUGAAACAAAAACUAAUGUCACAAACUCUGAGCAUAUUUAUGUGGUUACACCAUCAAAUCAUUGCACUCUUUGGCCUUUAUCGCCAAAUGUCUCAUUACGCUGCCGUGUCAGCCAACAGAACAUUUCAGCGGAGAGUUUAGGUGUCCUGUGGUGGGAUAUCUGUAGACGACAUAUUCAAUUCAGGUGUAUUUAUUUAGCACCAGAUCACAACAGCAGUCACCUCAAAGCACUUUACACUGUAAAGUGAAGAGUCUACAGUAUUCUAGAGAAAACCAUGACCUCUAGUUUCAAUUUGAAAGCUUUUGAUAUUAGAGCGGUGGUUUUAAUGGGAAUUUCCCAACUACUUCUCCAUCUUAAGGUCACAGAGGGUUGGAGCCUUUCCCCAUUCAGACAGCCAUUGUACCACUCAAGUCAAAAUUAACUGUGGUAAUGAACAGAUUUCUUCCGUGAGGCUGCUUUCAUGACGUAGGGUGACAUCAACAGAAGUGUUAAAGUACCAAACCUUGACUUCAUGCCGCCGAUGUCAGUGGGACUAUUAAACAGACCACAACUACUGACUUUUCUUUGGUGGCAGCCAAAUAAACCAAACGCCCGGUGUUGAAGAAGCUGAAACAAUCAGACCUGUAGAUGUAUCCACAGACGGUCCAAACCUUUAUUGCAGUGGAAACCUAAUGAGAAUGUGAGUGAAGCUGCAGGACACCAAGACUCUCCUGUCGAAACAGUGUUGGUACAAAUCAUCAUGUGUCACCACGUGCAAACACCUACACUGAAAGCAAUAUUAUGCAUACCGUAUUGCAGUGCAGAACAGUGUAUGAAGGUGUCAGACUGAAGUGUUGCUCACGCUGAUUGCACACUGCAGCCACACACAGCUCCAGCAGUGCGUCUGCCACCCUGCGCUGACUCCAUCUCUACUGUAUCCAAACCCUCAGUCAGUCCAUCACAGGAGCAAAGUCUUUCGCUCUGCCUUUGUUUGCUCCUAAUAAUGACGGUGGCCGGAUUACUGAGUUCCACACCACCCUUCACAUCUGUCUGCAAGCCGCUGACAUGUCUGAAGGCCUGAAGCCAUAUGGGUGUGAAUGCAGUGCCUCAGCCAGCAGUUCCAUCUACCCCACCACCACCUCCUUUUAGCUCACUUACAGGUCUGCAAAGGUCCAAGCACCCUGCUGGCUUCACUUCACUGCCCCUCAUCCUGCACUGCAGAUAGUGUUGGUGCUGUGGAAGCAUAAACGUCUGAAACAGCUGGAGUCUGCUCUGCCACGUUAAACUGAAUUUGGGUUGGGGGUAAGAUGACUCACAUGUUAGUUAAGCUCCCUAUAAAGCCGUCCACUUUCAAAUGCAACCAAAAACAAGGUGCUUGCUCAAAGCACCUUCGUGCUGACAAUCAGUGUCAGAAUGGAAAAGCUUCACCUAAUGGACACAGCUGCUGCCAGAUGUCUUACAGCUUUGAAUGUUUCAUA